AUGGGCUAUCGCUGGGAAGAGCACCGGGAGACGUGCUACCGCCUGUACAUCGAGCAGGGCUGGCCCCUCGAGCGCAUCAUGGCGUAUCUGCAGAGCAGCGCCGGCUUCACCCCAAGUCGACGGGCCUUCCAGGACCAGUUCCGGCGCUGGGACUUUCCUCCCAAGGUAAAGAGCCAUGAUCAGGACGGCAGCUUGGUGGCCCGCGUCAGGGAGCUGUGGGAGAUGAACCUGACGCAGAGAGGCAUGACCCAGAUGCUUCGACAGGAAGGCUUCCUGGUGACUUCGGCGGACGUGGCCAAGCUGCGCGGCAGGAUCGGGCUGCAGAUGCGCGGGCCCAACGUAGAAAAGCCCAAGUUCGAGUUUCAGGGUGAGUCUCAACAGCUGGAGACUGAGGAUUCCGGCGGCUCGAUAGACGUCCCUUUCCCUCUGCGUCCCGAGGGGGGCGUGCCCAUGUCGCGGACCAUCUCGACGCAGUCAUCUUCCUCCUCGUCGCUCUUUCAUCGUGAUCCAGAGCCUCUCGAACACAGGGACGCGAAGAAGCGCAGGACAGGCAGGAAGGACACCCCUGGGACCACCGCCCGAUACCCUUCCGAGAUGACGCUCGACGACGCCCGAAGAAAGCUGGGCCUGGACAAGGCCGCCUAUCGUUCGCUCCGUGACGUCUUUACUAGAGUCUGCGCCACCCUCAACAUCAGCAGGAAGAUGGACGAGCCCGAGAAGUGGGAGUCUGCAAAGACGCGGCUGAUGCAUGACCUGCCCAUGCUCUACGAGAAGCUGUGCACGCCUCGUGACGAGCUGGAGAUGAAGCAGGUCGCCCUCGACGCCAUCUGCAAAGACGUCGCAAAGUCGAAGCGAUACACGGAAUCCAAAAUGACACAGAUGGAAGCCAAGAUGGCACUGCGCAUCAACCCUCAGGAGGCUAGGGAAAUGCGCCUCGUCCUGACGGAGCUGCUGGAGGCAUUCGGCUUUGCCAACAAGCCCGACGGCACGCUUGCGCCUACGCCUACGCCUCAGCAAUGGGAUGAACUCAAGGGCCUGUGGGGUCAACGCUCGGGGCCGGUUCGCAGGAUCUUGAGCGAGAUACGCUCUGGCCAGGGCGAAGGCUCAAAGAAGGCAAAGGCCCUGGAUUCCUUGGCCCGAGACAUCUUGAAGAGGCUGCGCGAUAACCGCCCGGACAGGCACUCCAGGAAGCAGCAGCAGACCGACCGGGCUUCCACGGAGGCGCGCCAAUCGCACGCGAGUCCUCUGCAGGGGAUCGAUUCGCAUCCCGAUCCUCAUUCGUCUGCUGGUCCGACGGACCUGGGGCAUGGCUUGUCAACAGCCACAUCCCAGCCUUACACCGAUGGCUUGCCGGCGCGGGACGACGACGUCAACCCGCUGCAACCGUUACUCUUCCCAGCAGACGUACACGCAGGGUUGCUAACCGAGCCCUACGCCACCCAGCCGCCGUCUGCGCCGAUGCUGCCUCAUGGGGCCUCGACGCCCGCCCCAGGGGAGGUCACAGUCUAUUUUGCUUCACAUCCCUCUUCUAUCUACGGAGUUGAGACGCCGUUUUGGGUGGACAUGAUUGGCUCACAGACGAUGGAAGGGGUUCAGCAGGCUGUAGCGAACAGGUUCCCCGGCGCGGCCUGCUUGAAUGUCUACGGCGUGUUUACGCACAACGGCGGAGAGUCCAUUCCGUUGAACGACGACUACGAUCUAACCGGGUACCUCUCGUCGGUCAAGCCACCCAUGCUCAGCGUUCAGCUGGUGCAUGAACUGCCAUGA